AAACACUUCCAUUGAUGUUCACUGGAGUGAGAUGAUGAAAAAUAUUCACUUUUUGCCUUCAUUCUUUACAGCCAUUCUCACUUUCAUUUACCUGGUCACUGCACAAAAUGCCUACAUUUCUACCCCUUCAGCAGUCCGACUCAAAGAUUCGGAAGCUGCAUAUAUUAAACAAAGGCAACUUUUGUAUUACAGAGACCAGUCUGGUUCAAGAGGUGAGUUUGUGAAAGUACCACCUUCGUUUACUUUCGACAACCCCAGACUCAGAAAUGCUUACAUUGCUCUCCAAGCAUGGAAGCAAGCCAUCAUUUCAGAUCCUCGGAAUCUAACAGGCAACUGGGUUGGAUCCAAUGUGUGCAACUACACUGGAGUUUUCUGUUAUCCGGCUCUCGAUGACCCAUCAAUACAGACGGUUGCUGGCAUUGAUCUUAAUCAUGGUGAUAUUGCUGGUUAUCUCCCCGAAGAGCUAGGACUCCUCACAGAUAUUGCAUUGUUUCACAUUAAUACCAAUCGUUUUUGCGGCACAGUUCCAAAGAGUUUCAAAAAACUAAAGAUCCUGUUCGAGCUUGAUUUAAGUAACAACCGAUUUGCAGGGAAGUUCCCUUACGUUGUUCUGGAAUUGCCAAAACUCAAAUUUCUUGAUCUUCGUUUCAAUGAACUCGAAGGGAAGGUACCAAGAGCUCUUUUUGAUAAAGAUCUUGAUGCCAUUUUCAUAAACCAUAACAGGUUCGCUUUCGAAUUACCUGACAAUUUUGGAAACUCACCAGUAUCUGUCAUUGUUCUUGCAAACAAUAAGUUUCAUGGAUGCGUACCAAUGAGCUUAGGUAACAUGUCAAAAACUUUACGAGAACUGAUUAUGAUAAACAACGGGCUGCACUCAUGUCUGCCGAAGGAGAUUGGUUUGCUCAAGAAUUUAACAGUUCUUGACGUGAGCCAUAAUAACCUCUUGGGUGAAUUGCCAGAUACAAUUGCAGAGAUUAAGAGUUUGGAACAGCUAAAUGUAGCGCACAAUAUGUUGUCAGGAACUGUCCCUGAGAAAGUGUGUUCCCUUCCGAGUUUGCAUAAUUUUAGUUUUGAGGAUAAUCAUUUUACUGGUGAGCCACCAGUUUGUUUGGGUUUGAAAGAGUUUGAUGAUAGAGGAAAUUGUUUGAGGGGUAGACCAGGGCAGAAAUCAAGUUCAAGAUGUAAUAUGUUUUUGUCUAAGCCUGUUCAUUGCCAAGCUAUCAAAUGUCCAUCUCCUCAUUCUCCACCCCCACCAUCAUUGCAACCUCCUCCACCCUUGCCAUCACCUCCACCCCCUUCACCAGCUCCACCCCCUAGACCAGCUCCUCCCUCCCUGCCACCACCUCCACCCCCUAGACCAGCUCCACCCUCCCUGCCACCACCUCCACCAUCUCCAGUAUCUCCGCCACCAACUCCACCAAAUUCUCCACCGCCACCACUUUUUUCACCACCACCUCCAUCAAAUUCUCCACCGCCACCACUUUUUUCACCACCACCUCCACCAAAUUCUCCACCCCCACCACUUUUUUCCCCACCUCCACCAAGUUCUCCACCGCCACCACUUUUUUCACCACCACCUCCACCAAAUUCUCCGCCACCACCUCCGAAUUUUCCACCACCACAUUCUCCGCCACCACCACCUCCAUCUCCCUCACCACCUGUGGAGCAAUCGCCACCACCACCACCUUCUCCACCAUUGCCACCACCACCAGCUCCAGUAUAUGAUGGUCCAUUGCCACCAGUUAUUGGACUGCCAUAUGCAUCCCCACCACCACCACCAUUUUAUUAACUCAUUUGAGAAAAUUUCAGCUUCCAUCACCCUUGGAGAGCUCGUAAGUUGAUGCGAUUUAUUUGCCAUUGACUCUUCAUCAUUGCUUUUGCAUACUUCAAUAUACUAGAUGAGACCAAAACAAGGAGCAAAGACUUUGAUCAGUUGUGCUGUGAUUGUCCAAGAAGUUUGCUUGUGGUAAGAGUAAGAACAGUGUAACAGGCGAGAUUAGAUAUUUGAUUGAAUAGUAAUGUGUUGAAUCUAAGUUGUUAGGAAGAUGAAAAAAGAAUAGUAAAAAUAGAUUGCAGGGCGUGUAAUUACAGAGAUGAGUAGCCAUUCUUGUUUUAUUUUGUGGCAGUUUAUGUGAUGUUUUUCAGAUAAACUAGUAA